AUGAAGUCGCAGGCACUCUUUGAUGCAAUGUCGGCGGCAGUGAAGGCCAAGGGCCCUGAGCUGGUGAAGAUUGGCGGCGCCGUCUUCCAGUUCGUAAUCAGCGACGGCGGCGACGCGGGCAAGUUCGUCCUGGACCUGAAGAACGGCAGCGGAUCAGCCAAGGCUGGUGAAGAGGGCAGCGCUGACUGCACCAUCACCAUGGCGGAUGCCGACUUCAUGGCCAUGGCAGAGGGCAAGCUGGAUGGCAUGCAGGCCUUCAUGGGCGGCAAGCUGAAGAUCAAGGGCAACAUGAUGCUGGCGCAGAAGCUCCAGUCAAUUCUGGAAGCUGCCAAGUGA